GUAACCACAUCAGCAGAUGGUGAGGAGAGACAGAAAGAGGAGUUUUUACUGUUUUCAGAGACGGCAGGUCUUGGUGUAAUAAAUAUAGAGCUAUUAACCCGUGAGAAUCUUAGGCAAAUAGAAUAGACAGCUCAGCAAAACUCACUGAAUCACUGACUCACUCCAGACCAGACCAUUCUGCAUCAAGAACUAGGUUUUGUGUCAGAAAGAAACCAUGUCGGCCAAGGCGAUCUCCGAACAGACUGGGAAGGAGUUUCUUUAUAAACACAUCUGCACCUCAGCUGCUGUGCAGAACCGUUUCAGAUACGCCUCUGUGACAACAGAUACAGACUGGGAUCAGCUCGCUCAAGAUCACUCCUGGCUCCUCACAGAGCGCCUGGUGGUCAAGCCGGAUCAGCUGAUCAAGCGUCGAGGGAAGCUUGGGCUGGUGGGAGUGAACCUUGACCUGCAGGGUGUGAAGGAGUGGCUCAAACCACGACUCAUGAAGGAAACCACGGUCGCCAAGGCUAAAGGCGUUCUCAAAAAUUUCCUCAUUGAGCCGUUUGUACCUCACAAGCAGGAGGAAGAGUUCUACGUGUGUAUCUACGCCACCCGCGAAGGAGACCACGUGCUGUUCCACCACGAGGGGGGCGUGGAUAUCGGGGACGUGGACUCCAAAGCGCAGAAGUUUCUGGUGGGAGUGGAUGAGAAGUUGACAGAGGCUGACGUCAAGACACACCUCCUGGGCCAUGCGCCUGCCGACAAGAAAGACAUUUUGGCCAGUUUUGUAGUGGGCCUGUUUAACUUGUACGAAGACCUGUAUUUCACAUACCUGGAGAUCAACCCACUCGUCGUGACCAAAGAUGGAGUGUACGUGUUGGACAUGGCAGCUAAGAUAGAUGCCACUGCCGACUACAUCUGCAAAGCCAAGUGGGGGGAUGUAGAGUUCCCUCCUCCCUUUGGCAGGGAAGCCUACCCUGAGGAAGCUUACAUUGCCGACCUGGAUGCCAAGAGUGGAGCCAGUCUUAAGCUGACCAUUCUCAACCCCCGGGGCAGGAUCUGGACCAUGGUGGCUGGGGGUGGAGCCUCUGUUGUCUACAGUGACACCAUCUGUGACCUAGGUGGAGUGGACGAGCUGGCUAAUUAUGGAGAGUACUCUGGAGCCCCUAGCGAGCAGCAGACCUACGACUAUGCCAAGACCAUCCUGUCAUUGAUGACCAGGGAGAAGCACAGCGAUGGUGAGAAGAGGGCGGGGAGCGGCAAAGUCCUGAUUAUCGGAGGUAGCAUUGCCAAUUUCACCAACGUUGCUGCAACCUUCAAGGGUAUUGUAAGGGCCAUCAAGGAUUACCAGGUACCCCUGAAGGAAAAUGAAGUGACAAUAUUUGUCCGGAGAGGGGGCCCGAACUACCAGGAAGGGCUGCGGGUCAUGGGUGAAGUGGGUAAGACCACUGGAAUCCCGAUCCACGUGUUUGGCACCGAGACUCACAUGACAGCCAUUGUGGGCAUGGCUCUGGGACACCGUCCAAUCCCUAACCAGCCACCCACAGCCGCCCACACUGCCAACUUCCUGCUGAACUCCAGCGGCAGUGCCUCGACUCCAGCUACGAGCCGGACUGCCUCCUUCUCCGAGACCAAGACCAGCAACGAAGCCACUCCAGCAAAAAAGGCGAAACCUGGCGUUCCUCCAGAAGCACAGCAUCCUACUUCAGACAGUGCUCAAGCUAAAGCUACCACCCUGUUCAGCAGCCACACCAAGUCCAUCGUCUGGGGAAUGCAGACCAGGGCAGUGCAGGGCAUGCUGGACUUCGAUUACAUCUGCUCUCGGGUGGAGCCCUCUGUGGCAGCGAUGGUGUACCCCUUUACUGGGGAUCACAAGCAGAAGUUCUACUGGGGCCACAAGGAGAUCCUGAUCCCAGUCUUCAAGAGCAUGGGAGACGCCAUGAAGAAACACCCAGAAGUCGACGUCCUCAUUAACUUCGCCUCCCUGCGUUCUGCCUUUGACAGCAGCAUGGAAACCAUGCAGUAUCCUCAGAUCCACACCAUAGCCAUCAUUGCAGAGGGCAUCCCAGAAGCACAGACCAGGAAACUGAUCAAGAAAGCAGACGAGAAGGGGGUCACCAUCAUCGGACCGGCCACGGUUGGUGGGAUCAAGCCUGGGUGCUAUAAGAUUGGAAACACAGGUGGGAUGCUGGACAACAUCCUGGCCUCCAAGCUGUACCGUCCCGGCAGCGUGGCCUACGUUUCGCGAUCGGGGGGGAUGUCCAACGAACUGAACAACAUCAUCUCCAGGACCACAGAUGGGGUCUAUGAGGGGGUGGCCAUUGGGGGGGACAGAUAUCCUGGUUCCACAUUCAUGGACCAUGUGCUGCGUUAUCAGGACACUCCAGGGGUGAAGAUGAUCGUUCUACUCGGAGAGAUCGGUGGCUGUGAAGAGUACAGGAUCUGCCAGGGGAUCAAGGAGGGUCGGAUCACGAAGCCCAUGGUGUCCUGGUGUAUUGGGACCUGCGCUACCAUGUUCUCCUCUGAGGUCCAGUUUGGCCAUGCAGGAGCCUGUGCUAACCAGGCCUCUGAGACUGCUGUAGCCAAGAACCAGGCCCUGGGGGAGGCUGGAGCCUUCGUGCCCAAGAGCUUCGACGAGCUGGGUGAUGUCAUCAAGUCUGUGUAUGACGAGCUUGUUGCGAAGGGUGUGAUCGUACCUGCAAAAGAAGUGCCUCCUCCCACAGUGCCAAUGGAUUACUCCUGGGCUCGGGAGCUGGGUCUGAUCCGCAAGCCGGCCUCCUUCAUGACGAGUAUCUGUGACGAGCGGGGGCAGGAGCUGAUCUACGCAGGGAUGCCCAUCACAGAGGUGUUCAAGGAGGAGAUGGGCAUCGGGGGAGUGCUGGGGCUGCUCUGGUUCCAGAGGAGGCUGCCUCGCUAUGCCUGCCAGUUCAUUGAGAUGUGUCUGAUGGUCACCGCAGACCACGGGCCUGCAGUGUCAGGCGCUCACAACACCAUCGUCUGUGCCAGAGCCGGGAAGGACCUCAUCUCCAGCCUCACCUCCGGGCUGCUCACCAUCGGGGACCGCUUCGGUGGUGCUUUAGACGCGGCAGCCAGACAGUUCAGCAAAGCCUUCGACAGCAGCCUCAUCCCCAUGGAGUUUGUGAACAAAAUGAAGAAGGAAGGCAAGCUGAUCAUGGGGAUUGGACACAGAGUCAAAUCAAUAAACAACCCAGACAUGAGGGUUCAGAUUCUGAAGGACUUUGUGAAGCAGAACUUCCCAGCCACCCCUCUGCUGGAUUACGCUCUGGAAGUAGAGAAAAUCACAACUUCCAAGAAACCCAACCUCAUCCUCAACGUUGACGGCUUCAUUGGCGUGGCGUUUGUGGACUUGCUGAGGACCUGCGGGGGCUUCACGCGGGAGGAAGCUGAUGAAUACGUGGAUAUUGGAGCUUUGAAUGGCAUCUUCGUAUUAGGCAGGAGCAUGGGCUUCAUCGGACACUAUUUGGACCAGAAGAGGCUGAAGCAGGGCCUGUACCGCCAUCCCUGGGAUGACAUCUCCUAUGUUCUUCCUGAACACAUGACCAUGUAAUAUCAAAGAAGCCCUGGAGGGCCACCUAGUGGGCAGUUGAAGGAUUGUUUUUUUUUCUGCACUAUAGACAGCUGAUGAACGGAGCUGGGGAGGGUUUUAGGUUAACUAUAUUAUAUUUUCUUCAUAUCCUGUGAUGAGUGUAACAUGACCUGCUUUAAAAAAACAACAACAACAAUGCAACCAAACUGUGCGAUCAGACCCUGAAAGGGGCGAUUUGCUACAGUUUGAAGCUCUCAGUGUUACGUGCUACAGCAGUAGAGAACUCAUUUAGCAUAACUAUAGCCUUGCUGUGUGUAUCACUCUGUUGCUACAAUGGUGUUUUUAAGAGGAUCAUCUCAUGUAAUGUUAUCGAUUUGUUCAAUGCUAGCAAUAGAAAAAGCCAAAUAGCAAGGAAUGUGUACAGGUUAUAGAUGUGUGUGAAAAAUGAAAGCAUGCAUUUUGUGUGGUGUGAAACAAAUUGCUAAUCUAAGCAGUAGUUGUAAAUAGCUUUGAAAAAGCAUAAAGCUUGCAAAUGAAUGUGAAAAGAGAUCUCGCUAUUGACGAUUUCAUAUACUGUAAUUAGGAGGAAGACUGCUUAAUUAGAAAACGGUUAUCUUAAGAUCCUUGCAUCUUUUAAAAUGGCUUUGUACAAUAAAAGCUGUGCCACAAAAUGCCACGUUUGCUAAGGCUGCUAUCAGUAUAUCAACUUUUGGGCACUUUAAAAAGGACCAUGCGUAGUGUAAAUGAGAUCUUGGUAAAUUUAAUGAAUUGCUAAAUGUGUAACAUUUUAUAAAAACCUGCUUUUGCAACUCAAACUACCAGCAGGGUAGCGUCUUACCACGGUAACAUAAGGGACCACAUCAUCAAAGCUCAUGGCGUUUUCUAAUUGUAGCUCACUGUAGACUAGCUUUAGCUCUGUUACUGUGAGUGGGGUUUAAACAGGGAGCCUUCACUGGGAUAGCUUUCCUCUAGCUGCUUGUUAAUGUUGUCUAGAUCCAAGAUGCGUCACUUGUACUCCAAACACAGAGCAGUCUGCAUUUUACUGUUGUAUUUUAUUUGAUGUUAAAUAAAUGUGCAUCAACAUUAUUAUAAUCUGGAGAAAAAGAACUGUAAUAAUGUUAAAAUAAAGAAAACGACUUGGUUAAA